AUGUUGUUAGCACCCGUGUUCGACGUUUUCCGCAAACCCAGAUCCGACGAAAGCAUCACUGAAGUGGAAUGGCGUACCUAUUAUCCAUAUGUGAAAUCAUUCGAGAACAAUGAUGUCAUCGAUAUAACGGUUAAUCAAGCAGAUUCGUGGUUGGCCAUGUUUGAAGGUAUCACUACCAUCAAGGGUGAAUUGAAGGUGACCGGUGGUGGUACUGGUACAUUAACUCACAAUACUGGAGCUUAUCUCUUUGAUUCCUGCACCUAUGAAUUAUGUAAUAAAGAAUUGGACACUGUCAGAUAUCCUGGAAUAACGAGUACUGUGCGAGGAUACUUGUGUUGUACGCCUGAAGACUCACGUCAUCUAGCCAUAGCAGGCUGGAACUAUCCCAAUGCUCUGAUCCUCAACACCGAUGUGAGAGCUCGCAAUGAUGCCAAUAGUGUGAAGGUUGCCGAGAGAGCGAAUACUGCUUUGCAAGGAUCUCCUCAGACUCAGAGUAUUGCUAAAAUAACGAUAGAAAGCAUCAAUUUGAAAGUGCCACAUCUCACACCCAAUGAUGACAUAAAGUUACAGUUGUUGACACCACUCACACAAGGAUCUACCAUAGAAAUCUGGUCCGUGAAGACAUGUUCUGCAUUGGACAGUCCAAGAUAUGUUAUAGUAUUUUUCCAAACGAAAAAAGCCGAUAAUUUGCAUGAAGACGUCACCUUGUUCGAUAAUGCCAACAUCAAAUCCAUACGAUUGGCUCUGAAUAGCGACUAUUAUCCGCAAGAACGAAUGCUAUUGGACUUUUCCAAAGACCAAUAUGCCGACGCCCACUUCAACUAUACAGAGUUCAACAAGAGCUACCAUAACUGUCAGGAAAAGCGCUCUCUAGUAAACUUUGCCGAAUUCAAAUCCCGACCAAUGUUUGUUAUCGAUUGCUCGAGGCGCUAUCUGGGUCUCAAGUCGUCUACAGUUGACAUAAAGUUGGACAUUGAAGCGACUACAGGCUUCCCUCCCGACACCAAAGCCUAUUGCAUCAUCAUUCACGAUCAAAUCAUGGAACAUCUCCCACUCAGCGAAAUUGUUCGAAAUAUUGCCUAG